AGGUUAUAGCGGUGAACGGCAAAGCCAUCAUGAGCAUUGAAGACCUUCUUGACUGGGUGAUCAUGGAAGAUGUCAGGUGGAUCGAUGGUUUCCCGACGAUCUGCCCCUCGGACCCUCCCUCAAGGACCGAUGAGGGACAGGAUGCACCCUCCACAGCCACUACAGAGGAACCGGGCGAGGCAUCGAAGGACCAGGGCGGGGCAUGUGAGGACCAGGGUGUGGUUACUACGGAUGGAGAUGCAUCAGAAGACGGACCAUCGAGCAGGUUACGGACUAGAGUCGACUCCAGCUCAAAGUCAAAUGAACCUUGCAAGGAGGCGGAGAAACAGAAUUUGAUGGUCGUCAGCUAUCCCAGCUACUGUCGUUACCAUGCCAACAUGAAGAGGAUUGAGAAGCAAGGAGACAAGUGGCAUAGUAACCCCCUCCUGAAUGCUCUAGGGCUCCUGUCCAUGCCCCACCCUAACACCAAACUGCUAUUCUGCCGAGAUGAGUUUGAUCAUCCUAUUAUGGAGGAGGACGAGAGGUUGUGUGAAUAUACAGCACCCAAGCUUAAAGGAAGACCAAGGAAAAAGAAGGUCAAGUUAAAAUCAGAUGAUGAUCGUUACCAACCUCCUAGAAACCACACCAGCUCUAAUAAUAUACAGAACAACCUCCUGCUGGCUAGCAAGAGGUUACAUCGGGUCGGGUCACGGAGGUCAAGAGAGCGGCUAGAUCCUGGACUGAGUGGUGUGGACACCCUUGCUCAGUUGAAGGCGGAGUUUAGGACGGGUAAAGUGACAAGUGAGGAGCUCUUCUUGACACACCUGUACAAGUAUAUGAAGGAUAGGAACACGCCUAUCGACAGAGUACCACAUCUUGGAUUCAAACAGCUUGAUCUGUUUGCCUUCUUUGAGCUAGCAGUUAAACUUGGUGGAUACAGGUGUAUCACAUCACAGAAACAAUGGAAAGUAAUCUAUGAUCGCCUUGGUGGUAAUCCUAACAGUACCAGCGCUGCAACUUGUACCAGGAAACACUAUGAAAGGUUGCUCUUUCCAUUUGAGCAACACCUUCGUACGCCAGACAGACCUGCAGAACAGUAUGCUUUUAAGGACAAGAAAAAGAAGAAAGAGAAGAAGGAGAAGAAGAAGUCAAGAGUAAAACACGUCCGGGAACAACUUCAAGAGCUUGAGGCAUGGCGAGCAGCAGAAAGGAAAGCGCAAGAGGAGAUGAAUCGGCAGCUAGAACAAGCGGGACUGAACAGUGUCGUGAUGAGAGAAUCAAGUGUGUCCGUGUCAACAGUACCUACCACAGUGCCUGUAAGCACAUCCUCUGCAACUCCAUCUGUGAUUGUCUGCGGAGAGGUGAAGCCUCCAAUGACUGUCAACGGCACACCCAUCAUGACCAUGCCACCCAUCAUGCCUCAGACAUCAGUAGUUCAGCUUCCAGGAGGCCACCUAUUCCCUCAUCAACUAGGUCUGAAGAACAUGGGUCAAGUCAUCCUAGCCAUACCUCAGGUACCUGUCAUAGCAGCCACGACGGUACCAAAGAAAGAGAGGGAGAGUCCAGUGGUAGGCCACCAGGCUACAGAGGAUCAGAAACAACCUUUGCAGCAACAGAAUGCUCGUCAUUCGCAACCAUCAACAGUUUUAGAUAAGUUGAAUAGCGGGACAUCACUGGUGAAGAAGGAAGAACCAGCAGUGAAGCAAGAGGAAGCAGUGACAAUUAAAAGUGAGGGAACACAUUUAGCUAUGAAUAACUUGGUGGUCAAGAAAGAACCUGGUGCUCUUGACCAGUCAAGAUAUCCUAGAGGAAUUGAUAGUAAGCGUAUUCUUGCAAACCCUGUGAACAAUCUGAACAAUGUCACCUUCGGUGAACCGAGGAUAUGCAGUCAGGAAAGCCUCCUUUCGAGGCCAUCAGUGAUACAGCACACACAUCACAAAAAGGUGAAGCUUGAAAGAGAUGUUCCAUCUGGGUUAAUCAACUCUCCUCUUCCAAGUGCUGUGCAACCCAAUGACCUCAUCCUACGUAAUAUGACAAAAGACAAAUUUGCAGCUGAGCACGAACACUACAAGAAAGUGGUUGCAGAAAUGCCAGGCCUGCUAGGGCCUGGGCCACGAUUGCUAGCGCCCUACAUGACUUUCCUUCCACAAUCUCCUCUCCUCUUCCGCCCUCCAGUAGACCUCAAUAGCCAAACUAUCUUGAGUAUAGCUCCAACUCAGGUGACAAAUAAACUAAGCCAGCAUGAAUUGGAUGAUUCUAGAAACAAAUUUCAUUUAGCGGACUCAACUCCAAUCAAACCACCAGUUUCUUUGUUGCCGCCGGUACGUUCUUCUUCAUCCUCAUCCUCUUCCUCAUCAUCUUCUUCUCGCUCUGUCAAGUAUGAAUCCUUUCCAGAGCAGGAGGAACCUUGUGACCUCAGCAUGCCGAAAAAGCGGAGGAGGCAUCCUGAAGAUACUCAUGAUGAUGAGAUUCAUGAGAAGCGUAGACCAAGUGUAAUUAGUAAUGCCAACUUGCAUUCCACCACCAAUGUGAUAAGAGACUCUCCGGUGCACAGAUUAAGAACUUCUGAUAAGAAAUUCCGCAAGCAUUCUGCAUCUCCCCUGUCUCAGUCACGCGAGCAGCAUCCACUGCUUUCUUCCGCAUCACCACACUUGUCUCACCCGUCCCCCCUAACGGCUUCAUGCUCAAUACUCGGUAUGACACCCAAAGUCAAGAUGACACCUAAUCCUCGUGGCUCCAUCACUCAGGGUAUCAUUGACCCAGCCACCAACCAGCCCCAUCCUUCCCUUUUACACAAACCUGCCAUCGACCCGUCCAAUGCCCCCACUCCAAAAUCCUCAGCCCAUGAUAUUGCCCCCCCACGUUUGCCUCUGGACUUCCCUGCGGCUCUGAGUCUUCCAAUGGCCGUAGACAGCACGGGUAAGCCCCUCCCACCCCUGACCGAUCUCAAUCCUUUUGCUAGAUUCCCAAUGCUCCCUUACUACCCCAUGCUUCCACGCCCUCCAUUCCUCCCAGCUGGGUCACCCUUGCUUUCUGGGCUUGUCCCAGGUAUACCAACCAGUCAGGCCGAGAGUAUGCUUCAGCAGGGGCUACUCUUUCGCCCUCCAUUCCCUUUUGCGCCAUCGGUGCCUUAUAGUACUGCACAGCUUCCUCGAGACUCCACCCAGGCCUCCUUGUACAGAAGCUAGUAAUAGUAGCCCUAUGUUACAUCUUGAAUCAAGGUGUGGGGACCCCAACUGUGCUCCAGGGAAAUCAUUGAGGAGAAAACAGGAUUUGACUGCACAUUCUUGCAGAUUCAUCCGGUACAUAUUCUUCUGAACUACUGUGGGUAGAAGUUUACAGAUCAGUUAUCGUGACCUUGUAUUUUCAUUUGUGACCAAUGAACUGAUGAUACCUGUGCACGACCUGGGAAAUACAGAAUGGGAACCAGGCAUUGGCUGGCUUCCUGAUGUGAAAGUAACAACAUUGUAGGUCAAGUCGAUAAUCUGUCAAAAGUUAACUUUGCGAUCCUUUAGUUCUAAGGGAGCACUAAGUAGGCAACGGGUUGAUCCCAUUUGUACGUGAAUGUCUUUGCUAAUUACUGUUAUCCUCAUUGUAUUUGGUCAUGGGCCGAAAGCACAAUACAGUGAAACACUGCCAUAAGUUCAUCAACAUCUUUUGGUCAAUUGCGCACCAAUAUUGUCAUGUCCGUUUUCCAGUUGGUUUAUUCAUUGGUCAGUUUUUGUUUAUUUUUGUAAGUCUUCCAUCAUGUGCCUUGUAAAAAAUUUAUAUUUUUGCACAAAAAAUCGAGUAUUUUAUACAUUAUCACAAAGCCUUCUUCAUUCACUUGAUAGUAAUAUUUUUCAUAUUUUGUUUUACAUUUGAUUCGUUGAAAGUUUAUUUUGGGGUAUCGUGGUUGGUCCAUCUGUGUUGUAUGUGUGUGUUCGAAGGUGACAUUUCAUGUCACUGCCGUUGUAAAGUAUGUAUGUAUCAUCCUCUGAUGUUUUGUUGAUCAAUUGUAAUAUUUGUCAUGUUGCUGCGAUAUGAGUCUUGGGUAUUAUAAAGGUGUAUGUCUUAUCGUUAAAAGUACCGGUAAUUGUUUGACAUUUUUUAUGCAAAAUUUGCUCUUAACUCCUGUCAUUAGUUAAAUCAUUGCAAUUUAAGUGGAGUAUAUAUUGAGAGAGGAAUCAUCACAGCUACAUGUACAUGUAGUACAUUUACGAGUACCAGUAAUUAACAUAUUGGGGCAGGCACGUUUUGUGUUUACUUUGGUUGGCAAAAAUUACCAUUUUACUCUCUUAAUUCCAGUAUAAGUUGGCAUUUAAAUAAAAAUUCAUAGAUAAUCAUGUUGAUAAAUAGUUCACCAUAAGAAAGUAUAUAAAAGUGAGGUCAGUAUUUAAAGCAGAUCUACUUUGAUUUUGGUUAUACCAUCCAAUAAAUAUAAGAGACUUUAAAGUAGUCAAAUAUUUUAUUGGUGUACAUGUAUUUGACUUUAGGAAGAGUAUUACGAAUGUGAGGAAAAAAAUGACCAAGACUUGAACGAUUAGUUCAAGAUUAAUUAAUUCAGGUUAAUACAUGCUACCUCUGUUAAAGUAAAAAGUAGAAAGACUCAUUUGGAAAUAUUUUUCAGUUACUACCUCUGAAAUAAAAAGUUAAACCAGCAGACAAUUUUUUAUAGAUAGAUGUAGGCAAAUGAAUAAAAAAAAAUGGUAAAAUUGAUAAAUUACCUAGCCUUUUUUUAUACUAUUUAUCUCUUUUCUAAUGAUUCUACUACUACAUCAAGUCUAUUGCUGCUUGGAAUGUGAAAUUAAGAUUCAAGGAUUAAUCAUGAAAUGAUUUCUACAUGUGUAAACCCCAUAGCACACUAUGCUAUCUGUUACAAUCCUAUUUUUAAAGAACUUGUAAUAGCACUUGAUUAAAGCAUUCCAACCUCAAAAAUCUUAACAAUUAGGGUUCUGAAUAGUUGUAUAAAUACUGAAAUCUAAAUUCCAGUCUAUUUCGAACCUCCCUGUAGGAAUAAAUGCAAAUUCAAUUUCAAAUUGCAAUGACGUCAUCAUCACCAUCAUUUGCGACUUGAAGCCAAUUUAGACUUUACUCCAGCCACAAGGCUUGCAGAAAAACGGAAUUAUGAUUUUAGUAUUCAUCGAUAUAUGCCGAACUUCAAACUUUCAAACUUAAUUUUUUAAAUUGUGUUGUAUCGGAUCUUGAAGUGUGCAGUGGGCUUAAAGCAUGACUAAAUAUUUCCUUUUUUAAGGUUUUGGAAAAUGAUUCACUUUUGUGCUAUCGGAUAACAACGGGUGCUUUAUAUAGUUCAAGGACUUGAACUGGAACAGUACGAUUGAGGUCCAAUCCAUUUUCUAGGAUAGUGUUCAUCAAGACUUACAAUUAUGCAGGCCUUAAAUUUAUAUAUUUGUAGGGAUUUCUAGGUAACAGCAGAAAUGAAAAAAAAAAGUAAAAUGAGCAAAUAGAGCAUCCAAAGCCAUGGACUCGCAAGAAUUUAAACCUGAUCAAAAUCAAAUCUGGAUAUUUUUAUCGACUCCUGAGCCCUAAUAAUUUUGCUAGUUACCCUCAUGACAUUCUUGGCCAUAAUAAUGAAAUGGCAUUGGGUCAAUCCACAGAUAUGCUAGUGGCAUAGCCGAGAUGCAGUAUGGUAGGCUCAUUUUGAAAAGAAUUCCUUGCAAAUUAGAAUUAGCGAUCGGCCGGUAUUGGAUAUUUAUUCAUAUGAAACAACUCCAAAUUUGACCACCAAAUUGUUCGAAAGCAGCAGUAUUGAGAGUCUUCACAGUUUGGUCAUUAUGGCAUUGCAGUAUGGCUCUUGUUCUACAAUAUUAUAGUUCAGGUAUCAGUGAGAUGGGAAUGAUCGAACAUUGUUUUCACUCUCAUUGUCUUGCCAUGUUGUUAUUACAUGUAUGCCCACAAACUUGGCAUGUGGUAAUGGCUCUGUUUGCAUGAAAAUGAUUGUGAUUUCAUCAUUAGUUUAGUUCCCACACAUCCAUAAAUAAAUGAUAAAUAACACUGUGCACUGUAUGAAAUAACACUUUCAUACAAGUAUUGUCAUCGCUGGGCCGUUAGACAUGAAGGAGCUGACUUGGAUUCACAUUCCUGCUGCCUGUUCUUGAUAGUGAUAAAUAAUUCCUUGGAAUAUUGGCUCUUGUACAAGAUUAAUGGUAGAAGAACUGUGCCAGGCACCAAAAAUAAGGUACUCUUUUUCCUCCAAUAAAAUCUAGUCAAAGCAAACCGAUUUACCGUAGUGCUAGCAUGUAAUUGGUUUAUCCCUACAUAAUGAAUUUAUGUAUGAUGAAAAAUAUCUUAGUGAUGUGUAAAAGUAUGGCUUUAAAGUGGUGAUUCAUUUGAAAACUUGACUCUUGCUAUAAAAAAGCUGCAAUAUCUUGAAUUGUAAAUCAUACUAUGACGUCAACUAAAUGAACGAUAAGAAUUUGACAAAAUGAUUUUUAAACCAUGUAUAUUAUAAUGAAUCACUGGGAAGUUGAUUAUUAACAGUAAAUAGUUGAUAAUUCAAUAUUUGUUUUCACUUGUAAAAAUAAGAAUGAUAAAAUAAAAAGAAUGACGAACUAAUCCAUUUACAAUCGCAUUGAACUAUGAUCCCUUACAAGAAUGACUUAAAUUUUAAAAAGAUGUCAAAGUAUUUAUAAAUGAUUAAUCCAGUUAAAAGUUUAUUUGCAUGCCUUUUUUUGUCAAUUUAUUAUCUGAAUACAUUUCUGUUUUCUAUCUGGUUCAGUCAAAUUUUGAAUUUAUUAGUGAGCAGAUGUGCAAUUUGUUUUCCUACAUCACAUUUCUUUUGACUGUACUUUUUGUCUUCCACAUGAAGCGCCAGUUCACCAUAAAAUGAAUAUUUUUAGGCAAGCAAUGUAUUUUUGUGUUCAAAGACUUUGGGAAGGAAAGAAUGUGGGAAGGAGGAUGUCUUUAACAUCAUUAUCAUGUUACUUUCGUUAUUAAUUGUGUCUUUUGUAUGCUAUUCAAUCCAAUCUUUGUGAAUGCUGUAAAGGUAAAGAAGUAUUUUGACUGUACAGUGAGAAAUACAUGUAUGUGUGAAAAUGUAUGCAACAUAAGUGCCAGUUUUGGAACAGAUAAAUUAUCAGAGCCAAUAACCAAUCUCUUUGAUUCUAUUAAGUGUUUUUAUAAGUCAAAAUAUAAUGGAUUUUUAUGAAACUCCAAUUACACUUGUCUGACUGUCUCAAAGAAAAAAAAAAUAUAGAUUUUCUUUGUGAAAUUCAAGAUUAUAUAAUGUUAAAAAUACAGACCAUUGUACUUAUGUCUUAUGCAUAUUUUAAAUGUUGUCAACAGCCUUGGGGGUUCAAUAAGGAUGACCAGAUAAAGAAGAAAGCUAUGUUUGCAACUUUAUUUCAUGUUGAAUAAUACAGUGUAAUUAUUGAACAUGAUGAUAUUAUGUCCUCAGAAAAUGACAAAUACAUUUCAAAGAUAAUUUUAAAAGAUGACAUUGUAGUCAUUUUAGGUAACCGGGGCAAAGUUGGGAAUCGUCCUGAAUUAUGUUAAUUACAUUGCAUUUUUCUAACUAAUCUAAAUUUUAAAACAAUAAAAAAUUAAUCUUGAUUUUUUUUUAAAGAUCUACUUAGGGUAUUUUUUUAAAUCUCAAUUUACUUUCCAAAUGACUGUAAAUUAGGGUUAAUACUCUGUUAACCUGUAAACACUUUGUAAAACGGUAGCUUUUUAAAACUGUCAAUGUCUUCUACUAUUGACAUGGUGCACAUUGGUCAGGUUGGUGUUUCAUAAAGCUGUUUGUAAGUUGCACAUGACUUUACGAAUGACUGGAACGUUUUUCAUUCGCAAGUCAGCUACAUGGGAAUAUAUCAUUGAGCACAUUUGUGCGUAAAGCAUGUAUGCCUCGUAGAAAAAGCCUAAAUUCAGACUUCAGUCUGAAAAGUGGCAUUCCUGGAAAAAUCAUUCAUUCGUAUUUUACAAAUAGCUUUAGGAAACAACCCCAGAUAUAUGUGAUGAAAUUUUGAUUUGAAUUCAAAUAGAUUUAUUGCUGUACAAUUUUUCCCUUCAAAAAAUAUUUUGUUUUUGGCUUUGAAAUAUACAUGCUCCUGAACUGGCAUUUGUGUUCAUUUUGUAUGAAAAACUCUUAUUUCCCAUGAAGCAUCUGUUACUUAUUGUGUGUGGAAGAAAUAUCAGAAAUUGAAAUUAUGGUGGGGAGUAGUUUUGAUUCCCCUACUUGUACUGAUGUACUAUUUAUAUAUCAUGUUUGAUUAUGAAAGUAAAUAAAACUAUGCAGUAUUUGCAUACAAAGUCAACAGAA